GUCAUCGGCGACAUCUUCGUGGCCAAGGAGCGCGGCCUGGCCAUCAUGGUCUUCACCUCGGCCCCUUCUCUCGGCCCGACGCUAGGGCCCAUCUGCGGCAGCUUCCUCGGCCAGUACGCCGGGUGGAAAUGGGUCGGCGUGCUGGCCGCCAUCUUUACGGGCGUCAUGUGGGCCGUCAGCUCCGUCUUUGUCCCCGAGACGUACACGCCGUAUCUGCUCAUCCGGCAUGCUAAGAAGCUCUCGAGGCUCACAGGGAAGGUGUACAAGAGCAAGCUGGAGGCCAGAUAUUCGCACAAGACGGCCGCUUCCAGGUCUCGGAUCAUCUUGGUUUUUGAGCCCAUUGUGUUGGCCCUCUCACUGUACUCAGCCGUUGUCUAUGGGAUGUUGUACCUCACCUUCACGGCGUUCCCGGUUGUCUUCCAGGGGCAACGCCACUGGUCGCAAGGCAUCUCGGGGCUGUCGUACCUCGGCAUCAUGGUUGGGCAGCUGGUCCGCAUGUUUCUGUACAUCUUCCUCGAGAAGCGGUACCGCAGCAAGAUUGCGCGAGACGCGUCCAAGCAGACGCCCGAGUCGCGGCUAGAGCCGGCGCUGAUCGGCGGGGUGUUGCUGCCGGCCGGGCUCUUCUGGUUCGCAUGGACCACGUUCGAGUCGGUCCACUGGUCGGUCAGCAUCAUCGGAUCCAGCUUCUUCGGGCUCGGGCAGGUGCUACUGCUUUUCAUCAGCCUGAUCAACUACCUCAUCGACUCGUACACGGUGUUCGCGGCGUCGGCGCCGGCUGCCAACGCCAUCCUGCGCGCCAUGUUCGGGGUUGCGUUUCCGCUCUUCGCCGAGAAAAUGUACCAGAACCUGGACAUCCAAAGGGCGUCGUCGGUCCCGGUCUUCCUGUCGCUCGCCUGCGCCCCCAUGCCGUUUCUCUUUCUGAAGUACGGCGUCGACCUCCGCCACCGCAGCAAGCGCGCCACCGAGGCUCGCGAAAUCAUGGACAACAUUCUCAAACAAUAGCGCCAAGCCGAGGCGCCCGAGUCUUCUGAGACAGAAGAGCCCAAGCAAAUAGACAACGGCAGCCCAGAGAGGCAGGUUUGAUAGUGCAAGCUGGCUGUAAGAGGCAAAAUACGCAGGUUGGAAAGACUAUAAAUAACACCGCAGCGCCUUCUCUUCGAAAUUCUUCAUCUUUCCUUGUUUUGGAUAAACCUAUGU